AAGCCGACUGCCAGGAUGGAGGGUGAACCAAUCAGAGGUGGUACUCGUGGUGGCGCUGGCAACUUCAGCUGGAAUGCCGUCAAAGAAGAUAAGCACAGGGAAUAUUAUCUAGGACAUAGUGUCAAAGCAGCUGCUGGUAGAUGGCAGAAGAAUAAAGAUAUUCACUGGUACAAUCGCGAUCAAGACUCAGGGGAUGAAGAAGAAGUAAAGAGAAAGAAGAAGGCAGAAAUUCAGAAGAUCAAAGAAGCAGAAGAGGAUGCUCUUAGUUUGGCUUUGGGAUACAUACCCAAACCACGCCCAUCUGAAGAAGAAUCUUUAGCAGCAAAGGCACAAAAGAAUGCAGAGAAACGUGUGAGGAAAGAACAACGUGCAAAAGUCAGAGAAGAGAGAGAACGGCGGAGAGAGCACAGAUAUAAGUCAUCAAAGUCAGAUAAUAGAUAAAAUACCAAUAAAAUAUGAAAUCUUUUACCUCUUAUCCUUCCUACGGAUAGUCUCAUCGUUUAUAAAGAUACCUUUACCGUUGUAUGGUUCAGGUUUUCUCCAGUGUCUAAUUGCGGCGGCGAAUGCGGUAACUUGAUGCUUGUUAGAUCCAUGCAGUAUUAUUCUAUUAGGAGCUGGUGUCUCUGCUGUUACACCCUCUGGUAUUUGCAUAACUACAGGAUGACUGAAACCCAAUUUGAGGUGUAUUUGUUGAUUUUCGAUAGCAGCUCUGUAUCCAACGCCUACUAAACGUACGUUAACUCUAAAACCUUCUGUAACGCCUGUGAUUGCAUUUUGUAUGAGCGUCCUUGUGAGACCCCACAUUGAUCUCUGCUGUGGUACUUUUCUAUCCAAAACGCUGACUCUAAUAUCACUAUCUGAUUGUUUUAAUUGUAUGAAGGGCUGUAAAUUAACGUAUUCUUCCCCUAAUGGACCUUUUACUGACAACUUAUCUAGACUACUACUAACUUGUAUAGAAGCAGGUAUGUUCACUGGAUUUUUACCAACGUGUGAUAAUACUCUCGUUGUUGUACUAAAAUAUCUUUUCAUCAUAUUCUUGAUAGUCUGAAUUUAAGAAGACACACCUUGAAGACAAACUAUCAAAUUUAUAAAAUGCUACGCACGGUAAAACCAAAGAAUGCUAGAGCUAAGAGAGCAUUAAAAGAGAGGGAGCCACAAUUAUCAGAGAAUCCAAAGACUGCCUUGUUCGUCAAGACUCAAACUACGUCUGCUAUUGUAAAUGAAGCGAUGAGCGAUUUAUACAGCUUGAAAAAGCCUAAUGGUCUUAAUUUCAAUAAGAAGAAUCAAGUUACACCUUUCGAAGAUGCCUCCAGCUUAGAAUUCUGGUCUAAUAAGAAUGAUGCUUCUCUUUUACUCGUUGGAUCACAUCAAAAGAAGAGACCACACAAUUUGAUAUUCACAAGAACAUUUAACUACCAGCUAUUCGAUAUGUUCGAAUGUGGUGUCGAAAAUUUCAAGCCUAUGAAGGAUUUCAACAUCCACAAUCAAGUUAAUGUUGGUAUGAAACCACUCUUUAACUUCACCGGUGAGCUCUUUGAUAGCCAUCCAAAAUAUCAACAUUUCAAGAAUGUCAUGCUUGACUUUUUCAGAGGUGAAACCCUUAGUCAGAUCUCUUUAGCUGGCUUAUCACAUGUUAUUAGUUGUACAGUCGGUGAGCAAGCUGACGAAAACGACCUUCCAACUGUACACUUUAGAGUAUACUCAAUACAACUUCUUAAAAGUGGUACGAGAACACCACGUGUUGAAUUAGUUGAAAUGGGUCCAUCAAUGGAUCUCACCCCUAGAAGAGCACAAGAAGCUGAUGAAUCACUCAACAAGGAAGCUUACAGGCGUCCUAAACCAGUGAAUGUUCCAAAGAAGAGAAAGAACAUUGACGUUGAUGAAAUGGGUGACAAAGUUGGUAGAAUUCAUAUGGAGAAACAGGACCUGUCUAAGUUGCAAACGAGGAAAGUUAAAGCACUUAAGCCUGACAAUUAGAUAUUUCUAUACAUUAAUAAUUUAUUCAUU